GCCUGGGCUAGCAGCAAAUCUUUUCUGCACUUUUAUUAUCUGCAAUCUGCCCCUUAAACCCCACGUUUCUCUCUCUCUUCAUCAGCAUUUCUCUGCUUCUUUCCUGGACAUCUGAUAAGAGACGCACAUGCUUCCUUCUUCAUAUGAGGAGGAAAUAAUCUGUAUGGAAAAGAAGUCAUUUCAGUCCAAAGAACAUUGUUAUUCAACAACAGCAAAAAAAUAGACUCCAUCCUGUGGCCAAAACCUUGGAGGAUUUCUGAAGGAAAUGUGGAGCAUAAGACUGUAAUCAUCCUCUUCAUCUGAAAACAGCAAGAAGGCCCUAACUGCAGCUUGGCAGGAUUUGAAUCAAAUGAUGUUACCAUAUCCGACGGAAUCCAUCAUGGCUGCUUCUCAGAACAUCACAAGCUUGUCCACAACCAAUCUGACAUGCAAUGACACCAUCGAUGAGUUCCGAAAUCAAGUAUACACCACGGUGUACUCUGUUGUCACCAUGCUGGGAUUGGUAGGAAAUGGCUUUGUGUUGUGCGUCCUGAUAAGGACAUACCAGGACAGGACAGCUUUCCAGGUGUACAUGCUCAAUCUUGCUAUUUCAGACCUCCUCUUUGUAUGCACCCUUCCUUUACGGGUGGUGUACUACAUUUACAAAGGCAACUGGUUCUUCGGCGAUUUCAUGUGCCGGAUCAGUUCUUAUGCAUUGUACGUCAACCUGUACUGCAGCAUCUUCUUCAUGACUGCCAUGAGCUUCUUCCGCUGCAUCGCCAUUGUUUUCCCGGUCCAGAACCUCCAUUUCCUAACAGAGAAAAGAGCCAGGUUGGUCUGUGCUACUAUCUGGAUUUUUGUGAUGCUGACGAGUUCACCGUUUCUGAUGAGAGGAUCGUACACGGAUCCGGCGACCAACAAGUCUAAGUGCUAUGAGCCGCCACCGGCAGGGUGGGUGACGAAGCUUGUGGUCCUGCACUACAUUGCUUUGUUUGUCGGUUUCAUUGUGCCGUUUGCCAUCAUCACCAUUUGUUGUUCCAUGAUCAUCAGGACCUUGCUGAAAAAUCAAAUGCACAGGAAGCAAGAAGCCCACAAAAAGGCUGUCUGGAUGGUCAUCAUCGUGACAUUGGCCUUCCUGUUCAGUUUCGCUCCUUACCACAUUCAGCGCACCGUGCAUAUCCAUUUUAUGAUGAGAAAAGACGCCGUCUGCGAGGACCUCCUCUAUAUGCAGAAGUCAGUGGUGAUAACUCUUUCUCUAGCGGCUAUGAACUGUUGUUUUGAUCCACUUCUCUAUUUCUUCUCCGGAGGCAACUUUCGCAGAAGGCUUUCUACUUUCCGGAAGGCUUCGGCCUCCAGCAUGUCACAGCAGCACAGGACGAAGCUGUGCUCAAAGAACUUAGAGGAGGAGGAAGCGAAAGAAAAGAUGAAGGAAGCCAUGGCAUCGUAGCCUUCCUCUUUUGCAGAAGCCACGGCUGUGUUGUGACAAACUGUUAAGGUCUACAUUGUUCUUCUUUGAAUGAAGAAUGUGGUCAUGGAAGACAAUGUGGCACUGAGGUGGCUCCUGAUGUGACACCACAAGGAAUUGCUCUGCGUUGAAGUGCCGACCAUAUGCCUCUAUUGUGUGUCAGUGUGUGUAUGUGGAAUAACUGAUACAUAGUAGAAUGCAGACCAUGCCAGUCAGUUGCACAUUGGUGCACACUGUUGCAAAAACAUUUUUACCAACAAAACCCUAGGCUGCAUGUACAUGAGCACAUAUCCACAAAUGUGGUAUUCAAGAGACAAGAGCCCUCUUCUGAGGACAUCCAACAAUGAGUGAAUUUGUGUAGCAAGAUGGGGGAGGGAGCUGGGAUGAUCACAUUUCCUGGCCUUCUCCCCUAACUUCCACACGAUGUGGUUGAAAGUCAAAACCAGAAGCUACAUAUGUACAACUACACACAUACGCAGGGCAUAUUUUACAAAUUAGGAACUGUAUUUCUCCAGAGGCAUUGAUUGCGCUGAGACAUCACCUCUUAUACCCAUACAUAUUCCCUGAUACCAAGUCCAUCUAAGUCAGUAUUACCUACUUUGAGGGCAGUGGCCGAGGCACAAAGAAGUAUUUCUCACUACUGGAGACCCUUUAGCUGCAAGAGCCAAGGACUGAACCUGAGUCCUUCGUGUGCUCUGUCAUUUAGCCACAGUUCCUCUGCAUGGAUGCAGCAAUCAUACCAGAAAACAUCCUGAACGUCUGCUACCUACGCAUGACUUCCUUCACGAAUUCUCCAAGAAAGCUCUUGCCUUUCUACUAAGCAUUUCCCCCCCCAUGCAAAAACAAUGCAGGGGGGGUCCCAUUUCUGCUGCCAGACGAGCACCCAAUACCUCUACAUGCAGGGGGGGGGGAAGCUCUUGGGAGAAAGACACUUUCCCCUCCCCAGCAGCAGCUUUCCAAGCCCAUUUGGGCUCUCCUUUUUUAUACAAGCUAUUCCCCAGAGCUGCCGUGUGUCUGCGCGAGCGUGGGUUGAAUUCGUGAAGGAAGUAAUGUUUAGAAUGACCCUAAGGAAGGAAGAAUGCAAGGAUGGUUUUGCAGCAUCAGUCCCGUGGCUCAUCUAGUUCAGUGACCCAUUUCACACAAUCACCAGCCAGAUGCCCUGGAAGACAUAUAAGCAGACCAUGGACAACGAGGCCUAUUGUAGCCCCACAGCACGGGCGGAGAGUUUCUGCCCUGGACAUGUAGAUUCCGUUUAGCCGUUAUGGCUAAUAGCCAUUGAUGAAUCUAUCCUCCUGCAUACACUGGAUGGAUGCCCUUUAAAGUCCUUUUUUAAACUAAAACAAAUCCUACUUUAAAGCCACUAAACCCUGUGGCAGUGAAUUCCCCAGCUUUAUGAGUGAAAAAGUUUAUUUAUUUAUCCUGAAUCUACAGGCUAUCUACUUCAUUGGGUGCCCCUUGAGUUCUAGUAUUUUGGGAGAGGGGGGGAAAUAUUCUUUCUGUCCACUUUCUCUCUUAUGCUCCCCCCAUCAUCAUUCUCCUAAUAAAAUGCCUCCUUAGCCUUUUCUCGUACAGAAGGCACUCCACAACCCCUGGAUCUUGUUGGUUGCCCUCUACUGCAGCUUCUCCAGCACAAUAUCCUUUUUGAGAUGCAGGGACUAGAACUGCAUUCAUUAUUCCCAAUGCUGCCAUUUCAUAGAUAGCGUUACAACACGGAUUGUUUUGAUUCCAUUUCCUUAGCUAAUACUCCCAGUCCCUACCAUAGAAUUUGCUCUUUUUUAUCACUACCACACACAGGUAACAAUCCCAAGGGCUCUUUUCUGGACAGUCACCACCAGUUAAUACUACAGAGCACAAGCUACCCCACAGCCAAGUUUUUCCAACCGGUCCAUACCUCUUUUGCUUCUUGGCUCAGGCUGGCAAAAUGCCUAUUGUUAUGAGAGGUGUAUCAGAAAGAGGUCCACACUUUGUAAAAAAAACCAAUGAAUAUUAUAUGCUUAGACACACAUUGCCCCCCCCCCCCGCCUCCUCUGGGAACCUCUCUCAGCCCAAAGCAAACUCCCAUAUAUCCCUUGCGGCACGCAGGUCUCCCCAAAUAUUCCCUUUGGACUGUUUCGGAUUGGAACAAUGGUUAUCUGAGGUUAUCUGAGCCAGAAAGGGACAGACAUGUUUGUCCUUGAAAUGAAAAUGUCCCAAACUGGCAUUUUACUUUUCCCUGUAUAAUGAGCUGUUUCGGAUUGGAAAAAUGGCAUGCCCCUUCUUGACAUGUGCAGUGGUCCUAAUCCUAAUUGAGCACUGCCCAUGUGGGAAUGGAGAGGAACCUGGAACUCACAUGUGAUUGCAUUACAUCUGACUAGUGUCAGGACCCCAGAUGUGAGCUGUGCACUCUAUAAUGUGUGAAGAGGUUAUCUGAGCCAGAAAGGGACAGACAUGUUUGUCCUUGAAAUGAAAAUGUCCCAAACGGGCAUUUUACUUUUCCCUGUAUAAUGAAUGACUGCAAUCCACUUCUAUAGAGAAAGGGGGGGGAUGUACACCAACAGCCACCGGGGGGGGGCAUCUGAACCAAAGCCCAGUUUGGGCCCUGUUCCUAGCAGAACCUAGAACUCAGAGGGGGAACCCUAGCUGCUGAGCCUGCUCCAAUCUUCAUAGUUCUCCGACUGUGCUUUAGAACACACUAGCAUGCUUUGAGGAACAGAGUGAAGGCUCCUGGAGGUUGGGAAAUUCCUAGAGGUUUGGGGUGGAGCUUGGGGAUGGUGAGUUUGGGAAGGGGAGAAAAGUGAGCCGCUUGAGGGGAGGGUGGGAUAUAAAUCCAAUAAAUAAAUAAAUCGGUGGGGUACGAUGCCAUAUAGUCCUCCCUUCAAAGCUGCCAUUUCCUUCAGGGGGACUUAUCCCUGUUGUCUGCAGAUCAAUUGGAAUUCUGGGAGAUCCCUAGGCCCAACCAGGAAGUUGGCAACCCUGUACGGAACUGUUGAGGGGUAGAGAGAGAUCCUUUUGUGUCUCUGUUCCUAUUGGUUUCCUCACAUCACAGCAGUGUAAACUGUACUGUGCACAAUCUGAACUCCCCUCUGUCUGGAGAUCAGGGGGUGGGGCCACCAGCCAUGUGACCACUUUCAAGAGGUUCCGGAACUCCGUUCCCCCCGCGUUCCUGCUGAAAAAAAACCCUGGUAGCAGAGAAGGGGGCAGUGACUGGGAACAGAAUGGGGGAGGGAACAAAACAGCAGUCCCCCUCAAAAAAACCUCUCAAAUUACAAAUGUCACAUAGAGGCUAAGAGCCAAGCUACAAGUGAUGCCUGACACAAGUUGGACA